CGAACCCGGGCCACUAUGAGAGCCCAGCAGGCCGCGUGAGGGGAGCCCCUCAGCGCCCCCCUUCCUGGCAGGGUCCUCCUACGGCCCAGCAGCGGUCUGGAGCCCCCCUUCUGAGGCAGCCGCCCGCUCCUCCGCGCCCAAGGCCGGGCCCAACCGCGGACGAGUCGCCGGGACCGGAAGGACCGCUAGGCGGGUCGGAAUCUGGUCCUCCGCCUCGCGGUUCUCACCUCUUUGUCUGCCGCCUUCUCCUCGAUACCGAGCAGGGCAUACAGGUCCAUCUGUAAGAGCUCCUUGGUCACCGCCAUGGUUCGAAUCUUGACUGGAGCCGGGACUACAACUCCCUAGAGGCUGAGCGUGCGCGGGGACUGCUGGUCCGAAACCCACCCAGGCGCUUGGCCCCCUGGGAAUUGUGUUUUGCGCGGACGUGACUGCCCCUGAGCUGAGCGGGCUCAGCCGUAGUGAAUGAACUACAACUCCCAGCAGCCCCUGCUCCCGCCGCCGCCGCUCUCCGGCUAGGGCGACUGGUCAGGGUUCCUUUGCCCGAGCGCGAGCACUAGUGGGCGUGGGGGCCGAGCACCGAGCUGAGUGAAGGGGCCGGGGUCGCUGGACCCGGCGGGCGCGAUCUCAACUCUGUGGACUCCGUGGCACCGCGCGGGGAGCCGGGAUGGAGAGUAGGUGCUACGGCUGCGCUGUCAAGUUCACCAUCUUCAAGAAGGAGUAUGGCUGUAAGAAUUGUGGCCGGGCCUUCUGUUCUGGCUGCCUUAACUUCAAUGCAGUGGUGCCCCGGGCUGGGAACACUCAACAGAAAGUCUGCAAGCAAUGUCAUGAGGUUCUAACCAGAGGAUCUUCUCCUGCCAACACCUCCAAGUGGUCACCACCUCAGAACUAUAAGAAGCGUGUAGCAGCCUUGGAAGCCAAGCAAAAGCCCAGCACUCCCCAGAACCAGGGACUGACCCAGCAAGACCAGCUCAUUGCUGAACGCCUAGCACGGCUCCGCCAGGAGAACAAGCCCAAGUCAGUGCCCUCACAGGCGGAAAUAGAAGCCAGGCUAGCUGCACUGAGAGACGAACCCCAGGGUUGCAUUCCUUCCACCCAGGAGAUGGAGGCACGGCUUGCUGCACUGAAGGGCAGAGGUCCACCUUCUCAGACCCCUCAGCCGGCACAUCAGCCACCAGACACUAGGACCCAGGCCCAGCAGGCACAGGAUCUGCUGACACAACUGACAGCUGAGGUGGCUAUUGAUGAGAGCUGGGAACAAGGAGGCCCAGCAACCUCUGUCCAGAACCACCUCAACCAGGAUGGCCCAAGAGGCCAGAGCACUAAUUCCAAGGGGCAGGCCUCCUGGACCCUGGAGGAGGAAAAGAGCAGACUGCUGGCCGAGGCAGCACUAGAGCUGCGGGAGCAGAACACACGGCAGGAGCAGAUCCUGGCCAUCGCCAAGCGACUGGCUGUGCUGCGGGGACAGGACCCCAGUAGAGUGACUCUUCAGGACUAUCACCUCCCAGACAGUGAUGACGACGAGGAUAAGGAGACAGCCAUCCAGAGAGUCAUGCAGCAGCUCACUGAGGAAGCUGCCCUGGAUGAGGCAAGUGGCUUCAACAUCCCUGCGGAGCCAGCUCUCCAGCCCCGGGCCCAAUCCUACAGUGCAGAGCCUAAGGCCCAGGCCAUGGUCCCCAAGCCUGAGGCAAAGGAAGAGGAGCUUCCCUGGUGCUGUAUCUGCAACGAGGACGCCAUCCUACGCUGCACUGGCUGUGAUGGAGACCUCUACUGUGCCCGCUGCUUCCGGGAAGGCCAUGAUGCCUUUGAACUCAAAGAACACCAGACAUCUGCCUAUCGCCCCCCACAUAUAGGCCGAGAGCACUGAGGAAAACAUGGGCCUCCCGGGAAGGCAGUGCUACAGGCUAGGGCACCAUCUCAGGGCAUCUGGUGAAAGAGUGGGUCAGCCUGCUAGAUGUGCCAUUUCCUUAGCCUCGGUAUCUCUGGAAGGAAGAAAGAUCCUCCAUCCAAGACAAUGACUGGAGGAAUCAAAGGGAAGGCAGAAGCUGAGAGCCCUCCAGCACUGAAACUUGGGUUGGGAGGGAGAGGCAUGAAGGGAAAAGACCAGACUGAAUCGAGGAUGAGCCUUGAAAACAGGUUUAAGUGCCCAGGCACUUCGUGGAUCUAAUAAAAUAUGUUGACUCCUUGGGCUGAGCAUCAUUUAUCUCUA